UCGAUGAGUUGGAUUGAAGGUGGGAGGAGGAGUAUUUGUAUCGUUCUGUAGUUUCUUCUGGUUCUGUUUGAAGCGAAGGAGAAAGACAGAAAGAUUGAGGAUUGAGAAAGAUGGAGUGUAAAGGUCAAGGUCAUAGUAAAGGAUUUAUUGGUGGAAUAAGUUGUAGAUUUCCACAAUCUGAUAAUAUACAGGAGUUUUGGAAAAACUUGGAAUCUGGUAAAGAUAUGAUCGGAUGUACAAGAUGGCCGCCUAAACUCUACAGCCUUCCUCCUCGUUCUGGUUGUAUCAAAGAUCUGUCCUUGUUUGAUGCUGAAUUCUUUGGUAUUACAUCUCAUCAGGAAGCUGAUGAAUUGAACCAAUUAGAAAGGAUUUUGGCGGAAGUGACGUAUGAAAGUAUUGUGGAUUCUGGCUUGGAUCUAAGUCAUCUACAGAAGGAUGUGGUUGGGUAUUAUCUGGCCUGUACGUUUUCUGAUGCUGAUGUUGUUAAAACCAGUCAAACACUACACGCUAAUAGAUUAAACCAUGGGUCAUCAGUUUUAAGUUCUGUGAUGUCAAAGUUCAAGUUUAAGGGACCAGCAUGUUCUAUCGAUACAGCUUGUAGCUCUAGUUUUAGCGCACUACAUACAGCUUGCAGAGAUCUGGAGAUGGGCAAAUGUAAAUACGCCAUUGUUGCUGGUGCUAAUCUAAUAGAUAAUCCUAACUGUUCUCUAAAGUUCCAUCGACUUGGUAUGUUAAGUCCAACUGGUACCAGUAAUGUAUUUGAUAAAAGUGCGAACGGAUACGUCAGGUCAGAUGGGGUAGCGGCCAUUUUAAUUUCAAGAAGAGAAGAAGAUAUGAAGAGAAUAUAUGCUAGUAUUGAUGAUAUUGGUGUCAACUGUGAUGGUUAUAAGGAAGAGGGGAUUGUUUACCCAAGUGAAAGUUCCCAGGCCAACCUAUUAUCAUCUCUUUAUAACAAGAUCUCAGUCAAUGACGUAGCUUAUGUAGAAUCCCAUGGUACAGGCACACAGGCUGGUGAUAAAAUAGAAACCACGGCUAUAGCAUCGGUAUUAUGUAAAUCCAGAAAGAAACCUCUACUAGUUGGAUCUGUUAAAAGCAACAUGGGACAUUGUGAAGCCGCUGCAGGUUUGGCUGGUUUGAUCAAAUGUCUUCUUUCUAUUCAUCAUGGUAAAAUCCCUGGCAAUCUGAACUUUAAAACACCCAAUCCCGCCAUAGAUGCUCUAAACAAUGGCCAGGUUUCAGUUGUUGACAAAACCACCCCAUUACCAGAUGGUUUAAUUGGAAUCAACAGUUUUGGAUUUGGUGGUGUAAAUGGUCACGCUAUUUUAAAACCAUAUAAACAAGACAAAACACAUAAGGAGCAUGGUAUGAAGAUUAUGUUACUGUCUGCUAGAACGUCGGCCAUGUUGGAUAAAAUGAAAACGUUUAUAAAGAACAACCAGAAUGAACAUUGUUUAUUAAGAUUAAUAUCUAAUUCUAUGAUUGGAUGCGAGAAAAGAUAUCCUGUUCGCGGUUACAUCACUCUAGAUGAUAUGAAAGGUGAAUCAAGUGAUGAACUAAAGAAAGAAAAAUCAUUAUGGCUGAUUUUCAAUAUACCACUGAGUCAUGAUUGUCCAAAAAUGUUCUCUGAGAUCUCCAAGAUCUUCAAAGAAUGGAAAUUAGAAAUGCCUAAAGAUGAGCUAUUGGAGAAAUACAUGAAUGAACAUAAAAUCCAUUCACAGAUCGCUAUGUCAUUGGUGCUGGUUAAUGCUUUUAAAAUGUGUAAAAUGAAAGUUGAUGGUGUUGCUGGUAGUGGAUUAGGAGAGGUUGUUGCUGCUUAUAUGGAUGGAUGUUUAGAUAUCAGACAAUGUUUACAAAUAGAAGAAGCCAUAUUGGACUCACUAAAGGAAUGCCAGAAAGUUUAUCCAUUCUAUAAUUUACAUAUACCAGUCGAUCAGGCUUACCAACUUGGCCCAAAGGUCAAGGUCGUUUCUGUUUAUAAAGAUAAUGGAGUCAUUGUCAUGUUGACAUCAGACAGCCAAGAUAAACUUCAUAACAUAUUAAAACUUAUUCAUUCUAAAGGUGGGGUGUAUCAUUAUAUGGGAGAAUAUCCACCAAUAUUUACAUCUCUAUAUCAAGAAUAUACAGACAAGUUACAUACUAAACUAGAAACCAUAAUUACCAAUCCAAAAAGAAGAACAAAUUCCUUUUUGAGUGCCAGUCAUCAACCCGCGGUCAACAAGAACACCAUGAAAUGUGACGUAAUAGAUGCCACAUAUUUAACAAAAGUGUUGACCACGCCCUGUAAUCUACACCGAUGUCUUCAAUCUCUGCCAUCAACUGUCAGUGUACUAGAUGUAUGUGUUGAUGAUUCUGGCCACAGGUUUAAUCCUGGCAAGAUGAGGGGGUUGCAUUGUUUAUUAGAUACAGUUGGUCAUCUCUAUAUUUCUGGUUUUGAUGUUAAUGUGGAUAAAAUCAACAAAUCGUGCGAUCACCUGCCAUUAGAUAGUAAACAACCACCUAUUAGUCAUCUAGUCGGCUGGGAUCACUCGAAGAAAUGGCAAACUAUAAAUUGGCAUCAGUACUCUGCUCAAGAAAAAGAUGAAAAACCGGAAGUGUAUACAUUUUCUGUGAGUAGUGAUUAUUGCGCUGAAUCGUUGUUCAUCUACCAUAUUUGGAAAGCGGCAAUGUUGAAAUCUGAGGUUGAAGAAGAACAGUCGAUCAAGAUUAAUAUUACAAAUGGAAGCCCUCAUAUCUUCUUCUCGGCUUCUAUACAAACAGCUAGUGUUAAUAUUAUGCCGGGUUCCAAAAAGUUCACCAUCACAUUUUCAGAUUGUCAAGAAAAUUAUCAGAUUCUUUCUGGUUCCUUUGAUCUGGUUGAUGACCUUGAACUUCCAAGAAUUCCCGCAUAUGAGGCAGAUAUCAACCAAAACGUAGAAAAGUCUGAUGGCAGUGAAGAUGAUAUUCAGAGAACGGACAUCACCUGGGAAGAUAGUUGGUUAGAAUAUCUAGACAGUGUAGUUGACUUUCCUGUUAGUCUCACCAAUUCUGAUAUAGUUCAAGUUUAUAUUGAUGCUAAACAACACUGGAAGGAAGUCAACGGUUGUGCCAAUAUAUUUACCAUGUAUGAACCUUCCAGUGGUAUAUGUAAAUCUGGUGGAGUAGCUCUUCAAUUUGGCAUCACCCCUACUUCCAAACUCCGUAAAGAAAACAAGAUCUUCAGUGCAUCGUAUACUGAUCAAGUCGCCGAUUCUAAUGUCAAGGAAUUAUCUAUUAAUACCCUUGAAUCAGGAGCUGUGUGUUUAUCUUAUUCUGGUGAAAAUCUACAGAAGGAAACAACAAUAGGUUUGAUGGCCAUUGGUGAAGGUCAAUUUCGUCAUCAAUCUGUGGGCCUAGAUUCCUGCCUGCCCAACUUGAGAAUCUUCUUACCAUACAUCAUAGCUUCUCACUAUCUCCAUGUUAAAGUUCAUAUCAAACCAGAACACAGUAUCUUGUUCUUGUUAUCUAAUGCAAGAAUAGAUGAAGUUAAUAUGGUUAUGAUAUAUUUGGCCAUGUCUAUGAUGUGUAAAGUGUAUGUGGCCAUUUUAAAUGAUAUGAUGGUGGAAGGGGACAUUAAAGCAUUGGUUCCGGACGUCACAACUUUAUCACUAGAAAAUCUCAACUCACAGAUAAAGAAACUGACGAAUGGAAAAGGCUGUGAUGUAUGUGUGUCAAUACCGUGUUCUUUGUCGGACCAACAUAUACCUCUAAAGACUUCUAUAGAAUGGUUAGCUGAUCAUGGACAUUUUCUGUUGAGUAAACCUAUCCAACAUGGCCGUGAUAUAGGCAUGGGUGAAUUUCUUAGGAACAUCACCCUUCAUGUUUGUGAACCUAUACAGGCUAUUAUAGAAUUAGCUGAUAAAAGUACUGACGAAAUGAAGGAAUUAACACUUGGUCUUAUGACAGACGGUUUCGCAAAGUUGACGUCCCAACUGUACAGUAAAUACGAUCCUCCAGUCAAUCAAGUGUUUAGUUUCUCGGUGCCACUCAGUCUACAUAAAUUGAUGUAUGUAACAGAAGAACCUGGUGUUAGGAUAGAAGAUGUUAUGGAUGGUCUCUCACAGGCUGAUUUAAGUGUCAUCGAAUUACUUCAAGACACUCUCUCUUUCCUUCCUAGGGAAUACUCUCUUGCACAAGAUACCUUAGAAUCUUUAGCACCAGAUUAUAAGCUAAACAAAGCAACGUUCUUAAUUGAUGAGACCACCCUCACACCUAACAACCUUGCGUCUACCAAAUCCCACCUAACACCAUACCCAGCCAUUGAUGAAGUCGACGGCGAUUCGAAAACUGUACCGUCGAAAAUAAGGAUUAUAUCAUUAUCGGGAACACCUUCAAAUACAUCGAAGCAUUCGGCUUGUAAACAAUCCACAUCGACUCCUAUAGUCACCAUUAACAUUCAAUUAGCAGCGGAUGAUUUAGACCAAAGUGCCAUAUCUUUGAACUAUCCACCUUUAGAAGAGAAUUGGAGCUCGCCAAAGUUCGCAAGUAAAAGACACCCGUCUCUCUUAGCUUCGCCAGCAUUUACAAGAAUUCGUGGAAGAUCCAGAAAGAGUAGCAGUGUGACCAGCUUGGGUUGUCCAGAAGUCAUGAAAGCUUCACCAGCCAAGGAAUCAGAACAGAAACCAAGAUUGGGCACGCCUAAAGUACAAUACCUUGAUCUGCCAUCAACUGUAGAUUUAUUGUUAGUUGGUCCACCGAGAUCACCUUGUACACCGGAAAUGAAAAGAGGUCUAAUAUCCAGUAAAUUUGAACCUACCAUUAUACCACUUAAUACUAAAAAGGGCAAACCACUGUAUAUUGUACAUCCAAUUAUAGGCGGAGUGAAGAUAUUAAAGCCAUUAGCAGAGAAAUUGAACUUCGCUUGUUGUGGAAUACAAAGAACAGCAAACACGCCCACUAUAUCUAUCAACAGUGUGGCUGGGUAUUAUCUAAAUGCUUUAGAGAUGAUGGACCCAGAUGGGCCGUAUAACAUAGCUGGUUAUUCGUAUGGUGGAAUGAUAGCUCUAGAGUUAGCACUCCAGUUACAAGCUAAGGGCAAAACGGUGAAAUACCUUGUAAUGUUAGAUGGUUCUCCUAAUUAUGUCAAAGCCCAGAUCCAGUUUAUUUAUGAUAGAAUACCUAGAAGUGUCAUCACAUCUGUCAAAUCACCAAUCAGAAAGGUGGAUGAACAAAUGGAAGUAGGAUUUCUGUUAUGGUUCAUCAAUAUGUUUGGUCCUAUAAAACAGAAGGGUUUGAUAACCAAAGCUUUGGAAGGUUUAUCAUCGACAGAAGAGAGAGUUGAAAUAGCGGUUAAUUUCUUGAUGGGUAACGUCGUGGUGAGUCCCAAUCCAGCGAAAACAAAAUGGCUUACGGCAAAACACAAGCUUAUUAAAGCAAGGCAUAAUGAUGGGCUGUAUUGUGCUGCACAGGAGGUCAUAAGGAUCUCGCGAGAGGAGAAAGCACGUGAAUUGAUAAGUGGUGCUAAAAUGGCUGAUAAAUAUAAGAUGAAAUCACACAAAUUCGAAGGUGAUAUACAUUUAAUCCGGAUUAAAACGGAUUUAGAGCAUGCAGUAAAUCUAGGACCUGAUUAUGGAUUAGGCGAUGUCUGUACGGGAAAGGUCAUGACCAAAUUCUGUGAUGGUUCUCAUGAAAGUUUCCUGGCGCCUGAUAAGGUUCAUGCUGUUGCUGAUUUCUUGAAUGCCAGCAUUAAAGGAUGAUUAUUGUAGAAUCUGAGAACAUUGGUUGUUUGGUAUAGUGCUAUUGGAUCAUUUGAAAUGGUGCCAUUAUAUAGAUAAAAAAGAAAAUGUACAACAAAAAAUAUCAUUAAAAGUGUAUAGUGCCAUCAUUCUCCUUUAACACAAUUGGAUCAUCUGAAAUGGUGCCAUUAUAUAGACAAAAAUGAAAAUGUACAAGAAAAAAAAUUAUGUAGAUUUUUAAAAAAGAAUGCCCCCCUUCCCGACCCAAUCCCCAAAAUAAAAGUAGGCCCACAUGGUUCCCCUCUCCUAUAAUUAUUAUCGAUUGAAUCAUAUUAAAUGGUAAGAGAUUAUCAAAUAAAAAUGUACCCCCCCCCCCCCCCCUGCACACCCAAAAAUCAGAAAAAAAUGCUUAAAUUAAUCAUAAAUAUUUAUAUAUUUAUUGUAAAUCUGGAAUUUAGUCAAACAAAAGUUUUUUUUUAAACAUAACAUGAAACAAUGUAAUAUUUCAUUCAAUCAUUGAUACUUUUGUUACUGAUUGAACUGUUGGGCUUGUUACUAUUCAUACUGUCCUUUAUAUAUAAUUCACAAUCAGUGUUCGCCUUCUUAUACUGCUGUAUGCUCUAGUGUAGACACUUUAAAUAAACAUUGUUGAAAGAAA